AGAAAACCCACUGGCCGCCUAUUUCAAGCGUCCGUCCUCUAAUGGCCAAGGUCGCCGACGCCGGGGCCUUUCGUGUGACGCGCAACCGCGUCGCGUGGCUCGUCAGCCUCGCGUCGCUCAUCAACCUCUCGUCCACACCGCUCUCUGCAUACAUCUCCGAGUCGUUUCCUUGGACGCUUCGUCCCAGCUUCCCCGAGACCGUCUUUGAGAGCGACUCGGACGCCAACCUCACGCGUCGCCUCCAACGUCUCUACAACAGCAGCACGCUGCCAUUGGGUGCAACGUACGUCGUUGACGGUAGCACGCUCGCCCAGGUCGGACGCCAGACGCUUCACCUCGGUAUGGAAGCGAAUCUCACGCUGGACAAAUGCAUCUCGACCUAUCUCUUGGGGCUCCCAGGACUGAUCUUUUACCGGCCAAAACAGCUCCAGCUCGUGUGCACCAUUCUAUCCGCGUCCAAUUCGUCUACGGUGCUCGACUGGGCUGGCGCGUGCACCGUCGAUGUCAUCUGCGCGAUCCCGUACGGCCGGAGCUGUCUCUGGCUCACGCCGGGUGACGAUAUUCACAACACGAGUGACGCGCAGGUCGUAACCCUGACAUACGCUUCCUUGCCACGGCCGUGGGUCUCGUGGGCCUGGAUCAAGCUCGUGUACCGACUUGCGACGACGCUGCUAGUGUGGCACCGCCUCUGGCAUCGGUACUAUGUGCAUGUCCUGGCACUCGAAGCCACGGUCAGGAGGUGCGGCCACCGCCACAAGCCGGGCGCUUGGACGUACGAAGUGCUCGCGGGCGACCCAACAGCCAUCGUGCUCCUCGACCCGUGGAUCGCGUCGGCCUUCUACAUUGACGUGUGGCUCAGCGUCACCAACCUCGCCAUGGCCGUCAUCCAGCAAAUGCAGUCGGCCAAUUUUUACAUCAAAGUGCUCAGCGCCACCUACCUCUCGCGCACGGUCUGGUUCGCGUACUGGAGCCUCUGCCUCGUCUCUCGACUGCUCAAGCGCUACGCGAUCGAGCACAAAUUUUCCGAGGUCGACCCAACGCUCCUCGCGAUCGCGGUGAGCGUCUACGGGCCUGUCCUCACGUCGCUCAACGGCCAAGUGCCGUUCAUGGUGGCGUUCUACCAGUGGUCUUUUGCAUACUUUUUGCCGGUCAGCGCCCAAGACGACCAGGUCGAAGUGUCGUUGGCGAUCUUGGUCUACACACUCAACAUUGCGAUCUUGCCCGUGCUCUACGGGUUUUGCGCCCCGCUACUCCGCCACUGUUGCUGUCGGGCGUCUCGUCGGCCCAACUACAGCAGCUAUACGUACAGCAACUUCAAGAGCCGACUGGUCUUUGACUGCUUCCGGCUCAUUCCACCGGGGGCCACCGCACUCGGCGGCAACGUCCACCAAGCCAUUGAGCGCGAUCCGCACCUCAAGCGCUGCCCGACGAUCAGCUUGCGCGCUACAGACUGCUUCCUCACUGUCUACUGCAAUGGCCAACGCCAAGAGACGCUGCGACUGAGCUUGCUCUGCUGCAUGGACACACAGAGCAUCGGUGACGCCAGCACCGCGUCCUCGUUCCCGUUCAACGUUCUGACACUGCCUCCGCAAGCGGCGCUGCUCGUUCCUCAAACGACACAACCACUCGUCUACGAGAUCCAGCGACCGAACGAGCCGUCUGCGUGGUGUCUCUAGCCUACUAGACAUGUUGUGCACAUGUACAGUACAAUUUUUGGU